UGCUCAUCUCUCACAGAAACGAACGCAAACACACAAAAAAAAAAUACAUCGCAGUUGUUACGUGAAAGUUUUCAAACGCUUCAAAUUUGUAUAUUUCAAGUGCUUAAACAUUUAUUUUCGUUGCAAUAAAGUGCGUUGAAUUGAUUGUACAAAUGUAUUAUUAAAAAAGCCAUUAUUUUAAAACUGCCAAAUAUUUUUUUUGUUUGACUUGAAUAAGUCAAGUCGAAGGACCAGGAUAAAGAUUGCAACAAGGAUAAUCCGGAUUGCAUCACCAUGGACCAACUAUUUCAAUCGUAUCGCGAUGAUGAGCGACGUAUUGGUGAGGAGUAUUUAUCCAGUCUGCAGGAUUUGAAUUGCAAUAGCAAGCCAUUAAUCAAUAUGCUGACCAUGUUGGCGGAGGAAAACAUCAACUAUGCCCGUGUUAUAGUUCGAGUGGUGGAAUAUUACAUUAGCCAGGUGCCGCCCGAGUUCAAAUUGCCCAUCCUAUAUUUAAUUGAUUCAAUAAUUAAGAAUGUGAAAAGCAGUUACGUCCAGCUAUUUGGGCAAUGUAUUGUCAACAUAUUUCUGACUGCCUUUGAAUCGGUCCAGCAUUCUCAGAGUCAGGUGCUGGAGAAGGUUAGGGAGCGGAUGUAUGCUUUGCGUCAAACAUGGAAUGAAGUGUUCCCACCAUCUAAAUUAUAUGAAUUGGAUGUGAAAGUGAAGCGCUUGGAUAAUAAUUGGCCCAUUACGGCCAAACAACCAACGACCAAAAUACAUGUGAAUCCGGCCAUUCAUGUUAAUCCGAAUUUUCUCAAAACGGGUAUGGUUACUGUGCCCACUCUUCCCAGCGAUAUGGAGGAGAUACUUCAGGCCAAAACCAGAGAGCUACUGGAACUCAAGAAACGUAAAUUGGAACUAGAGCUGGAGCAGACCAAGAAGCAUUUAGAAGAGCAAGAGCGACAGCUAAAUCAGGCCACAGAUGCAAUACAAGGGCCUACAAAUCCAAUAUUGAUGCCAGCACCAACCCCACCAACAACAAUGCGACCUCCUCUAGUUAUGGAAGCACCUAGUAGUGGUAGUGGUGGCAUGCGCAAUGCCCGGCCAAUGGGGCCUGGAGCGGUGCCGAGUCUGCCAGGACCACAACAGCAACAAGCAUCUGGUGUGAAGCCAAAAGUUCAUCCUGUUAAUCCUGCUCUGCUUAACUCAGUACGACCUCGAGAUCCACGCCUGGCACGUCAAAUGCAAUCUCAAAAUGGUCCAAUGGCUGCACCUUUGCGUUCUGAUCCACGCUUGGAAGCCAAAUCCUCCAGUUCCUCUUCUCAAAAGUCUAGUCGCUCACGCAGCAAAUCACCUAAUCGCAACAGCGGCAGCAGUCGCUCCAGCAAGAGCAGCAGUAGCCCACAUCGCGGCAGUUCCUCUUCAUCCAAUUCUAGUCGCAAGCGUAGCGAAUCAAAAAGUUCCACAGCGUCUUCAUCCUCAUCGGGAUCAGAUAGCAGACAUAAGGGAUCACCAACCAAACGAUCAUCCAAGCAAUCCACUUCCAAAGAGCUUUCCUCAGAUCGAUAUGCACGUAAUGGUUCGCCCUCAACAGCAGCAUCUAAGCGCAAAAGUAACUCACCGGCCAGUUCACCAUCAAAGUCCAAGCGAAAUGCUUCACAAAAAUCCUUAUCGAGCGGUUCACGUGGAAAGUCAUCAACGUCGUCGUCGUCCACUCGAUCUCGAAGUCGUUCACCCCAAUUUGUGGAUGUUGAUAUGCGUAGAUCUCCAGAAAAAUCAAAGGUUUCUCAAGCUGCUCCAUCUUCAUCAACAUCAGCGGCAGCAACGAUUCCAAAUACCGCAACAUCAAGCAAAGCAAUCAUUGUGAAUGAUUUAGAGAAACGCAAUGCUCCUCCGCCUCCAGAUAAAGAUACUUCAAGUCCGCCGCUUAUAGAGGCCUCGAGUAUGGACAUUGAUUUGAGGCGGCCACAAACGCCGCCUCCUCCAAAAAUCUCAAUAAUCACAGCAACUAUAAUCAGCACUACAUCACCAACACCAACAACAACAACAUCAUCAACCACAACCACAGUUACUAGUAGUAGCGCCUCUAUGGCUUCAUCCGCAUCCAAAUUGCCCACAAAAGUGUCGUUCAAAAUACAAAAGCCGUUAAAUAAAUUCGAAAAAUCUACAGCGUAUCUAUCAACAGCAGCAACAGCAACACCAUUAUCACUGCUAAUCCCAGCAUCGUCGUCAGUCAAGCAAUCAUCACCAUCGCCAGUGCCCUCAUCAUCAUCAUCAUCGGCGGCGGCGGCGGCGGCGGCCUUAUCUAUCACCACCGCCACAACUACAACUAGCAGCAGCUCCUCAUUGUCGCGUUCGGGUAAUGUAUCAUCGGAUGUCAUUAACAAUCUGUUACCGGUUUCAACUUCUGGUGGUGGAAAUCCUGGCGAGAAGCGACCUGCUGAGCCAGUCGUAUCCGAAAUCCUAGAUGACGAUGAACUACCGCCGCAGCAGAAACGUAGUAAAUCCGCCAAACUGGAUGCUCUUUUCGGCAGCGAAGAUGUGGAUCUAAGACGUGUGAUUCCUAGUACUACUCUGGCCGGACCCGUAAUUGUGCUAGAAGAUGAUUCGAUGGAUAAUUGUGAUGCUAAUAAGGCAACAUCGAAAGUUGCUUCUCCACCGAAAAAGGCUACUUUGGAAGAACUGCGGGCCCGAGUAUCCAAGUCUGUGCGUGAGAGCCAAAAGAUGGCCAAUAAAGAUAAACCCAAGGAGCAUCCCGUGGCGCAACGUCUUAAGCAGCUAGCCGAGCUUAGAAACAGUGAUGAUUCGCAGGAGGCCCAUGACGAAAAGGUACGCACUAUUCUGAGUCAGGCACAGGAGAUGUUUGAAAAUAAUGGCAUGAAUCAGGAGCAAUACAAGGAUCUCGUCCAAAAGGUGGUGGCAAUUAACGAAAGCGGCAAAUUGAAAGAGGCUUCGCGUCGCCAACGAGGCAGUAAAGAUAUGGAUGUAGUAGUCGAUGUGGAACGCAAUGCAGCAAAGGAAGCUGUUCUGCGCAAGCGUAUACCCAAACUAAAGGGUAAUGAGAAUCAUCUUCAUCGUGAAGUGGGCUCGCCACGCAGCGAUGGCUCACCCAGAUAUGAUGAGCAACCGACAGCGGCAUCGGCAGCUGAGACAUCAUCAUCGAAGCGAGUGGAGAAGCCGCCCCUCAAUAACAAGAGGGAAAGGGAAAACAAAAGACGCAAGCCAAGCAAAUGGGGCGAUCAAGUUGCUGAUCCUGUGGCAGCGCAAAGGGCUGCUUGGCAAUUGGCAAAUAAUAAUAAUAACAAUAAUGCGAAUAAAAGAGGAGGACCGAAUGGAAACGGUGGAGGACCACCGCAAACUAAUUUCCGUGGCAUGCCAUGGCAACAGCCGCCACCAUCUAUGGUAAUGGGCGUAAUGCAACCUCAUCCGACACACACUCCUUCAAUGAUUCCCAUGCCUCCGGUGCCACCACCCGCUCCGAAUCUUGGUAUUACUAAGGCCAUCAAUUCAUUCGAUAACCCCAUGGCUGAUGUGGUGCGCAGCAUUACCAUCGAUGGCGGCUCAAAGGAGAUUCGUUUCUACAACCAGGUAGCCGUCAUUUUCAUGGACGGGGAUGAGCCGCACGAAAUUGGCUUCCAGCAUGGUCAACGAGUUAUCCUCAUCGACAACAAUGAGCCUCUGCCCCUGAAUUUCAACGAUGAGUAUAAGCCCUUUCAUUUGGAUGGACAAUUACAUCGCAUACGUUUUGGUUUCCCUUCCCGCGAGCUUUACAUCGAUGACCAUUGGUAUGAGAUCUAUUUCGGUGGUCCCGCCGUCUCCCUGCCCAUUGGUAACAAAUUGCAUGUGUUAAAAGCUGAAGGUCCGCCACCCAAUGUCGACAUUGGACGCAUUCGCCGAGACUUGGUUGUGGGCAAGAUAAACAUGAUUGUGGAUGCCCACACUAUUAUUCCGCUAUUUUUGGAUGCACGCCAGCAAAACUUCCAACUGGGAGCCGAGCAGCAUUCGUUGCAAUUUGUGGACAGUUUCCAAUAUGCUCUAAUGGACGGACAAUUACAAAGGAUUGAAUAUGGCGGCUUGCCCAAAGGCAUGAAACUAAACGGAGGACGAAGCUGUUUUAUUAGAUUCGGUACACUGCCCAAGGGUGUGAUAGCCGGCAGGACCCAUGUUGCCGAUAUGGUGUAUAUCAAGACAGAUGCACCGGCAGAACCACCUCAACCGCCACCAUUGAUAGUUAAACCAGCUCCGCCUCCGCCUACAGCACCAAUUGUCCCCGGCAUUGGUGUCGUAGCUCCUGUUUUGGAUGUAGCAUCAACAAUUGGCGCUCCAGCUGUGCCCCUACCAGCAGCUGCAGCUGCCCUCAGCAAUCUCAAUAUUGAUGAACUGUUCCAGAAACUUGUGUCCUCGGGUAUAAUUGGUGGCGGAGCAGCAGCACCAACAGCCGCUGCACCAACAGCCACUGCCGGUGCUGGUGCUGGUGCCGGUGCCGGUGCCACAGCCAGUGCUUCAUCUGCCGCCACAGUCGUUCCUGGUAAUACAGCUGCACCAGCGGAAGAAGUUUCAGCCGCCUCUCCCGUUGAGCCUAUCCAACGCAUUGAGCUCAACAAACCAGAGACCAUAAAAACUCGUCAAUCCGCGGUAGUGGCUACGCUUUAUCUGGGAAUGCAGUGCAGCAGUUGUGGUGUCCGUUUCCCUCCUGAACAGACCAUUAAGUAUAGCCAACAUUUAGACUGGCAUUUCCGGCAAAAUCGACGAGAUCGUGACACUAACCGGAAGGCCACCUCCAGGCGCUGGUACUAUGAUCUCAAUGAUUGGCGUCAAUACGAGGAAAUUGAAGAUGUGGAGGAGCGUGAAAAGAAUUUCUUGGAAGCCCAGGGAUCGGGAGGAACAACGGCCGAUGCUUUUGAUGAUCUAUCCCAACAACGUUCAAUGGAUUCCCCAGUUCCCACCUGUCCGGCCGGAGCUGAUGAUGUCGAUCGCUGUUGCGACAUGUGCCACGAGAAAUUCGAACAGUUCUACAACGAGGAGCUGGAAGAGUGGCAUCUGCGCAGUGCCAUACGCGUAGAGGACAAAACGUAUCAUCCAUUGUGCUACGAAGACUAUAAAACGUCACUAAAUCCUCCGUCCAUAAACGAAGACGAGGCAAAGACUGGCACUAAGAAAGACUUGGAUAUGAGCAACAGCGAUGACAAUGCCACGGAUAUCUUGAUUAAAGUGGAGGAUCUCGAUGACGACGAUGAGGAUGGCAAUGCCAAGCACAGCUUUGAUGAUGACGACGAUGACGUCAUAGUAUUACCCAACGAGGAGCCCAGUGUCACGGAAAUCGUCGACGAUGAUGAUGAUGAUGAGUAUGUGCCUGCCAAUGUGACACGGUUAGAAAUGGGCGGCGUCAACGAUGAGUCAUCUCAAGAAAAACCCGCCUCCUUGGAUGUAGAGGCUGAGGUAGAAAAGGGUGCAGAGGUGGAAAUUGAAAAGCAGGUUAAUAACAAGCAAUCGGAUAAUGAUGAUGAAUCCGAUGUGGAAAUCAAAGAGCCACACAUUCCCUUCACCGAUCUAGACACAUAUGUGGAAAAACCACUGCUGAAUGUAAAAAUUAAAGAAGAACCCAAAGAUGAUGACGAAGAGGAAGAGGAUGAAGAUGAUGGCUUCGAAGACGUGGGCACUGUGGAACCAUUGCUGCCCCUUCCAUUGGAUGAGAUCUCUAUCAAUAGUAGCGAAACACAGACUCAAACCAUUGGCUCCUCGGCUUCACCAGCCACCCUAGAGCGACCGGCAUCGGUAGCCUCGCUCGGGGAUGAGGAUGUUGAGAAUGGUAAGGAGAAGACGAUGGAAGAGACUGAGCCAGAGUCCACCCAUAAUCUAAGCGCAGCUGGACCGGCACCGGCUUUACCUUUGGCUAGCAUAGUUAAUAAAAUAAAAAUAAAUAUCACUAAGAACUCAAAUAGUAAUAGUCAUAAUAGUGCCUCCUCCAACACCACCACCACCGCCACGGCCCCCACUGCAACAACCAGCGCCGGAUCGGGAACUGCGGAUGUCGUGUCGCCGAUUAGUGUGAUUGGAGGCCAGUCGGUAUCAGAGCCGUCCGCGACAGCCGCCUCCUCACAGCUUCAGCAACAGGCGAGUGCCAUUCAAACCAUUUCCACAAUUCCAGUUCUCUGCGGUGGCAAUACAUUUGCGCCCAAGAUCACCUCCAGCAGCAGCAGUAGCAGCAGCGGCGUCAUCAGCUCCAUUUCGGUCAUUGGCAGUUAUGUUACCAGCAGCAGUAACAGUAAUCGUAAUCCAACUCCAGGUGGUGGCGUAACAUCAUCCUCAGUGCCAUCAACAGUGGUGACAACGCCAGCGCCUGUCGGUGCCUCCACCACUGCUACACCUGCUGUCGUCGAAGCUGCCGCCGAGCCUGAACCGAUAAUUGAGCUAAAACCAGCAUUGCGUAAUGUUACGCUCAAAAAGACGAAGGCAGUGCAAAACGGUACCGAAACAUCUGGUCUGUGCUCGAUCAUGUAAAGCAUGAGUGCAGUACAGCAUAUAUAAUUCCUAAACAUAUUUAAUUUACAUCUUUUUUAACACAAUUACCGUUACUUAGUUUUAGGUAGGUAUCCCCGGGGGCUAACGCCCUGAUCGAUCGUCUUGGUCAACUUAAUUUAUUACAAAAAAAGGAAAACAAUACAAAAUUUAAUAAAAAAUACAACAUAUUUACAAAGUAUACAUUAAUUUGUGAUAAUUUUAUAACACCGAAUUCAACCAAUUUACUUAAUAAUUGUGAAAUUGUGUAUAAUAAUAAAAGAGAGGAAUAUUUAAAAC